AUGUUCGGGUCUGAUCCUGUCGGGACCGGGUGCCGUACGAUUCUUCCUCGACGAAAUGGCGUGUCGGAAUGCGAGCUCGUAACCGAAACAAGCGACAGUAUAUCAGCGUCUGGGCGGAAGUCGAAUUUCUUCUCACUGGAAUUCUAUCAACAGUUCUUCGAUGUUGAGACCGAUCAGGUCCUCAAACGAGUUUUACAUAGCGUUGUGCCAACCACUAGCAACUUCAUCCUGGACUAUGUGCAUCCCAUGCCUGACUUAUGGGGUCCAUUCUGGAUAUCAGUUACUCUAGUUUUCUCGAUAGGUGUCUUCGGAAACAUUGCACAAUAUAUUCAGAAUGAUGGUUCUCCUGGUGAAUAUGGCAGUGAUUUCAGACUAGAUGUCAUAGUUAAAAUUUAUCAUUGUGUCAAAGUCGUCUAUCAUCAUAAUGAUUGCUAUGUAGCAUCAUCUAAUCCGAAGGUUCAACAUAGUGAUGGAUUCAGUCGGACUCUUUACAUCUUCGGCAAUGUUGGUGUUCCUGUACGUCGUGGUAAUCCCAGUUAUUCUGUCAGCUAUUUUAUGGCAACGGAAAGCGGAAAUGCAAUAUGCAGUAUCUGA